AUGUCUGAUGCUGCACCUCUACCUGACUACGCGCAAAGUGCAGCCAACAGCGGCACUCAGCUAUUGUCAGGUCAAGCUUCCAGCACUGCUCCACCACCCACCUACGAAGAAGUCACACGUGGCAAUCUCAGGCAUGUGCGAGCUACAGGUCGCAGCCCACUCUUUGACGUUGAUGUCCGUAACUACUUUGAGCUGUUACAAGAUAGGAGUCAGCGACCUGUACCCUCACCAGUGACUGACAUCACUGACGCCCAAAGCAACUUGGACUCUCAGGGCAAUACCUUAUCCCUCCAGAUCGCUUUUCGAGGCGGACCAACAGAUCGUGCUCGAAACCGAAAUCAUAUCAAAUCUUUAUCCGAGCUCACAGAGUAUCCUAAUGGACCAUACUCGUACCGUAAGCGAUUACAAUUUGGUCGUUACGAGCCCAAGCGCGGUUCCAACGUCUCAAAAGGCGUCCUUACUUCUGGCAUAAAGACGGACAUCUCAGAACCUCUGAUCACCUUGGCAGGAACUGCAAGUAACCAUCGCUCGUCCCAUAAUGUUGAUCUCCACAGGGCAAGACAAUUCGAAUUGCGUGAUCUCAUUCACCGCGAUUACGACGAUAAAGUGAUAAAGAAAGAUAUAUUUUCCAUGAUCAACUCGCUUGAGUUGGAAAUUAAACCGACAGCGUGGAUCGAUCAAUCAUCUGAAGGUUUAUACGAGCCUCCAAUAGUAGAUGCAGACGCUGGCGACGUCACUUUAGGAGGAAUGCAUCUGUUCCAAUCUUCGAUAGAUCAGACUAUUUGGUCUUGCGCAGGUCAUAGCUGUCCUCGUCAUGUGUGUCAGAUCAGUGUGAAGUCGAUAGAAUUGAAAGAUCGCUACAACCAUUCAGUGAAGAAAUGGCUAUCAGAGCAUACUCUUGAAGAGGCAUUCAAGGGGACACGUUACGUCGAGACUGAUUGUACUUUCGGCCUCAAAAUGAGGUAUGACUGCCGAUCACAGGGUCACUAA